AUGGCGCUCAGGCUGAGCUCUCGAAGGGUUAUGCCCUUCACGAAAACACAUACCAAGCCAAAUAUAACCAAGAUACCAUGGAUCAAGAAAGUUGUGGACAAGGAAGGAAAAACGCUACCCUUUUUUCGUCCAGUUUUAGCGCAACUGGACAGUUUGGAAAACGCUAAACACGAUCUAGAAGCUCUGGCAAAGGCUUUAAGCCAAAAAGAUCGGCAAAAGACCCUAGAUUUAUGGAGGUCAGUUUCCAGAACACAUUAUUCUUAUCAAAAUGCCCCAACGCUAAAGGUGCUAGCGGAAAAGUAUAAAGGACUGUGUCCCAGUGAACUUGAUAAGGUCGCAGCAGAGUUCUCGCAAUUAGGUCCUGAAAGUUUGCAGGAGUUGUGGCUCCUCAGUGACCAUGCACCAAUUUGUGCUUAUUUAUUACCGCAAAUCAUUGGCAGAUGCCUGAAAAGCUCUCGAAUCGAGCAGGCGCGUCAAAUACUCUGGGCGUUAUCGACAAACAGCCAGUACAAAAGGGAGAUCCAAGCAGUAAAUUUCGCUGUCAACAGCUACUUGAAAACAGUAGAAUUCUCUCUUGCAGAUUUGAAGCAACUACUAGACGGGAUCAAUCCAGAAAUUGCUCCUCGCCUCGACGAAGCGGUAACUCGAAAACUCUGCAGUCUCCCCCGAGCAGAAUUGCUGGCCUGUUUCAUGUACUUACGAGAAAGGAACAUCCCAUUGAACAAAAAGGGAUUCAGCUCGUUUUUACGUGCUGUAUUUGCCUCUUCAGAUGCUGCAUCGUCGGCUAUUCUUGAGGCAUCACAAACUACCGAGUAUCCGCCAGGAUUCUAUCAUUUCCUGAUCCGUUAUUUGUGCCAGCGAAAGGAUGUCGCAAGUCUGGAUUGGAUUUUCGAAAAUUCUAUAAUGAAAAUGGCCCAGGAUAUGCCUGAAAAGCUGCCGUUUGUUCUGCAUCUUCUUGUGAUGAGGACUAUUGCAACAGACGGAGUCCAAGCCACUACUCCCAUUCUCGAUAAAAUGGGCGAAAUCCCUGAACCUACCUGGAUGAUCAUUUUUCAGGAGUUUAGACGACUUGGCCGGAUUGACAAGUGUACGGAGACAUUGCAUAGGGCGCUAUCUAGGGGCCACCGGUUAAGCUUGCCAUUCGUUGGCGAGUAUCUCGAGAUGAUAGCAUCGUUUUACAACAUGAAGGUUUAUCUCAAUUGUUUACAGAAAAUUCUCCCCGAAAUCACCCCGACUCUCGAGAGGUUGGAUAUCUUGCCUCUAGCAGAGGAUCAGCCCAUACACGAUGCUCCUACCCUCACAGUUGGAAAAGAAGUACGUGGGUUUGCAGUAAAAGAGAUCCACGAGUCUUGGCUGAACAUAACUUUCAAAGUUGUGUUGAAUAAUGUGGAUGAUGUUGAGCAAAUUCAACACCUGUUCAAUCUGUAUUAUGAUUUUGUGAUGCAGUCGCAGUGCUCGAUUUCGCUAGCCAGCACUGACGAGUUUGUGUCAAAGUUGGUUUCCCUAAAAAGUGCGACGGCGAUUGAUGCGGCAGAAGCCAUUUUGGUCACGGCAAUUACUGACUUCCCUUUGCAAAGAGCACAAAAAUACACCAACCAGUCGAAAAGCCUCACUGCUCUUCUUUUGGCAAUGACCCGACCUCAUCGACAUGUAGACUUGCAGCGAGCUGUUCUGCUGGUCAAUAGAGUUCUUGCUUGUCCUGCAGUGUCGGUAAGAGGAUCCUCAUUAGAACCGCUGCUCGAAGCACUCAAAGGCCAUGAAGAAUACGACUCUGUGAAAGAGUGGGCCGAGCAUCUUGGAGCCAAAUUCAAUAAUUAA